AUGAUAUCUGUUAAAUUUUUUUUUUUUGAAGAUGAAACCAGUUCAGUGAAUCAAGCAGUGAAAGGUCAAACUACCGUGACUUUAGCUGGUCUAUUAGCUUAUACAAAUUAUACUAUUCAAGUAGCUGUAAGUAAUCGUAAAGGACGUGGUCCUGCAUCACCAAGAAUUAUUUGUUUAACUAAAGAAGCUCCUCCUGGUGCUCCAGAAUUUGUCAAAGUUAAACCAAUUAAUGCCACAUGUCUAGUUGUUUCAUGGUCACAUCCUCGUAAACCUCAGGGAUUAAUGAAGAGUUAUUGUUUAGAAGCUAUACCAUUGUUUGAUACAACAGCACAAGAUGGUAUAGUCAGUCUUUUCGCGUACAAUUCAAUUUCAUCAUCAUCGUCAUCAUCAUCAUCAUCAACAUCAUCUUAUAACAGUAUUAGUCAUAACAAUAACAUUAAUAAUAAUAAUGAUCGGGCCAAAGGACCAUGUAUACGACCAGAUUUUACGAAUUCUUACAAUUACUACUUUUAUUGUGGUUUGAUUGAAGAACGACCCUAUAAUAUAUCGGUUCGAGGCAUAAAUCAAUUUGAUGGUCAUAAAGCAUGGGCUGGACCGGUUCGUCCAACUUCUAAUCCACCAAUUGGCAUUAUAUCGAUCGGUGGUAAAAUAAUUGCUCAGAAUAAAAUGAGCAUUUGGAUGGACUGUUUAGUGAUUGGUGGCUAUCAACCUCAUUGGAUGUAUCCACAAGAUGAUCUUGAAGAUUUGCAUAUCAUGGAGAAUGGUACACUAGUUGUUCAAUCAGCACGUGUUGCACAUAGUGGACAUUAUCAAUGUUCCACUGUAUCUGAUAGUAUUGCCUAUGAUUUAAUUGUACAAGAAAUUCUUGAAGAACCUCCACGUAAACCAAUUUGGCAUAAAUUUACACCAAGUCUACGUGGCAUUCAAGCGGAAUGGUUAUCAUCUGGUUCAAAACGUUUAGAUGCACCAAUUUUAUGGUUUUAUUUAAAUUGGACCAAUUUAUACACUGGACAAAUGCAAACUAUCCGUUUAUCAGCUGAUCAACGUACUUAUUAUCUAUCGAAUUUGACAUGUGCUACAACGGUGAAAUUUCAAUUAAAAGCUGAAAAUAAAGUUGGCAAUAGUUCAUUAACUGAUAUCACUUCAUGGACUACAUUAGGUUCCGCUCCACUGACUGCUAAUACAGCACAAUUAAUACCCAACAAUUUACGUCAACAAUAUUAUGUCAUAUUUAAUUUGUCCACAUUUCUACCGGGUAAUCAUUGUCCACCAAAUUUUUAUCAUCUACUCAUUGCACCAUCUGAAGAUGGACAUUUUGGUUUGAAACAAACGUUGAUUAAUCAAACAAUCACUAAAUACGAUUUGAUUACAAUCGAUAUGUUGUUGAAUAAAGAAAGUGGCUACUUGAUUGUUAUUGUUGUUGAUGAUGCACCUCCACUGACUGCUAAUACAGCACAAUUAAUACCCAACAAUUUACGUCAACAAUAUUAUGUCAUAUUUAAUUUGUCCACAUUUCUACCGGGUAAUCAUUGUCCACCAAAUUUUUAUCAUCUACUCAUUGCACCAUCUGAAGAUGGACAUUUUGGUUUGAAACAAACGUUGAUUAAUCAAACAAUCACUAAAUACGAUUUGAUUACAAUCGAUAUGUUGUUGAAUAAAGAAAGAUGCUGUUACAAUGUGACUAAUUUGAAUUCAGGUUCACAUUAUCAUUAUAAAGUUGUAGCAACCAAUGCUGCAGGAUCAGCUAGUGUUCAAGGUCAAUUCUGGACAAGAACUGUUUCAGGACGUGAACCGGUACUCAGACAAAUUCAUUUACUCGGUAAAAGUAAUUUCUUCUUACAACCAACAAUAAUUAUACCAAUGACAGCAUUAUUAGCUAUUUUAAUGAUUGUUAUGAUUGCAUUGAUAUUAUUCUGUCGUCAUCAACGUUUAGAAGAGAAUUUAACACCACCAAAUAAAACAGUCACUAUAACACAUAAUGAUUUACGAUCGAAUCAGCCAAAUAGUCACAGUAGUACUAAUAAUAAUAAUAAUAAUUUGCCUUCAACAACACAUAUGAAUCAUGUCUAUCCAAUUGGCGGCGGGGUUGGUGACAAUAGUAAUAAUAAUAGAAGAGCAUACUCUUCCAAUCCUAAACGACAUGAUCAUCUUCAAGCAUCGAUUGCUCCUUCAGUAGCAGCAGCAGUUAAUCCACAGGCGAUGAAAACUGCACCGAUUGAACGUCAUACAACUGGUUUGAAAAGUUGGUUCAAUGGAGCACGAAUACGUCAUUAUGAUCGUGGACAUGCAAUUAAACCUUCUGAACAAUCUGUACAUGUUAGUUCAGCUCAAAUUAAUCAUCAUAUCACCGCCGCUGCUGGGGGUGGUAAUCAGAAUGAUGAUGAUGAACGUUUAUCCACUAAUUCAGUGGAUAGUGAAGGUAAUAUCAAUCCAUAUGCAACCUAUGCAGCCACUGGUUUCGGUGAUCGAACAGAUACAGUUGGCGGCGGUGGGGCGAAUGCAACUCUGACUGGAGCUGUUCUGCCUGGUGCUGGUGCCGGCGGUAACAGUAGUGGUGGUAGUACUGUCAAGCCGUCAAUGAUUUCUGCUUCAGUAAUUGACAGUAGUAUGAUUGAUCCAAGAGGUAUACGAUCAAUACGUGAUUUAAGCAUGAAUCGUGGAAAUCAUAACGUGAUGAGCAUGUCAAAACCAGCUUGGAACACGGUAUUCAGACGUGGUCUUUCCAUACCAUCGAAUGCAGAAUCCUUAAUGUCCACACAUCAUUAUCAUUAUCCGAAUUUAGAUUCAACUAUAGAUGAUGGUGAUGAUAGUUCUACGCUUGGUCGACCACAUCACCAUCCUCAUCAUCAUCAUCAACUUUUACGUGUUGGUUCUAGUGAACGAUUAAGAUUAGCUCAACACUUGAUGGAUUCACGUCUAUUGAUUCGGCCACCACCAUCAUCAUCCUCCACAGCGGCAUUGAUUGAUCCCAUCCUACUUGGUCCAUACAAUAAUGAUGGGACAUUAUUGGAUGAAGAAGAGGAAGAGGAAGAAGAAGGUCAUGAUGUUUCAGAGAAUACAAUGGAUGAAUUUGUUGCAAGAGUUGGUGGCGUUCGUGGCUCCAUGUUAACUCCUUUAAGAAAUGGAUUAAUUCGACGAAUUAAUUCAUUUGAAUCGUUACAUCAAUUACCAAGAGGACGUUCACAAACUUAUCAUCAAGGUUUUGCAGCUGCUUUUAUACCUCCUAACAGACGAAUUCAACCAUCGAUUGGCGCCGGAGUCAAUGUAUCCAGAUCUGUGAUUAAUCCAAAUACGAAAAUUCUUCCAUUCUAUGAAUCCGGUGGUAUGGAUACGUCUAAUGGUGGUGGUGUUGGGGGCAGCGGCGUGGGCGUCGGCGGCGGCAAUAUUCAACCAUCUGAUCCAUCUGUAGUCUAUCGUGGUAGUGUAUUGUCAAGUACCACAGUUUCAUCGAAUCAUGAUGAAUUAAUGCAAGCUUAUGAAUAUAGUCGAAAACAUCAAUUGAAAUCAUGUUUCACUUUACCAUCAAACACCAUAAUACCAUCAUCUCAUUUUCUAUCACAUAACAAUCAGGUCGGUACACGUUUAAUGCUGCCUACACAUCGACCUUUGGACUUUGAUCAAUCGCAUCAACAACAUUCACAUCGUCAACCGCCAUCGCAUCAACAUCAACAUCUUUCAACCGGUGGUACUGUUCUUAUGCCACAUGCAACUACUACUGGAGGUGGGGUUGGUGAAGGUGAAAUUAGUGGUGAAUCCGCAUCGAGUGAUGCGACAGACUCAGGUAUACGACAAUUUACUCAACAACCACCUCAACCCGAUGAAACACGACAUGCAACAUGUGAAAUUCCAUUUGCUUAUGAUGUGAAUCAAUUAACUUCACGACGUCCAAUGAUUGGUUCUGGUACCAUGAAUACUACUAACAAUACUACUAAUAAUUCAUCGUUAUUAUUUAAUUAUUCACAUAAAAUCAAAUCAAAUGAUACUACUCAUUUACAACAACAACAUCAGCAACAACAAUCAAGAUUUCUGCGAUGUAAUUCCGAUUGUCCAUCAGAUAUGACAGAUAUUUACGCUACAAUUGAUUAUAAUAAUGAAGAUGAUGAUAAUCAUCCGAACAGUAUUCUCCCGCAGACAACAACCACAACAGUGGCGGCGGCCGCGGCAGCAGUGGCAGCAAUGAAUAGAAAUGUUGGCAUUGAGAAACAAUUAUAUGGACAAAAAUUAGAUAGAUCUUAUCAAUUACUACCUGUACCACCAUCUACAAUGACAUAUUGUGACACAGAUGAUCUAUCACCGACAGCUUAUGUUCCAAUCACAACCGCAACCUACGAUGAUGAAACAUCGGAACCAUGUCAACCAACUUCAUACUAUUAUCAUCAUCAUCCUCAUCAUCAACAUCAACAUCAACAUUCUCAUCCUGCCACCAGUCAUCAUCCUCAACAUGCUGCCGGGAUGAUUGUAAUGCCGAAUACCACUAGUAGUGGUAGUAGUGGAUUUAAACAUAAUUCAUCUCAUUUAUCUCAUCAACUAAUUGGAUCAGAUUCUAGUCAAUUAAAACGACGAGUUUUACCAAUGAAUUUAUCUAUCAAUCCGAAUCAGAAUCAAAAUAGAGAUUUACGAAAACAAUUAACCACUGGCGGUCGUAUCAAUAAUACUCGUCAAUUAGAUAAAUUGCAUACAAGACAAUUAUCAGAAAUUAUUGGUGAAGAAAGUGUUGGACUACUUUCAGCUGCAGGAAUGUCAGGAUUAUCUAAUAUAAAUCCCAUUGAUAUUUAUAAUUCAACAAUACAUGGUCAAGUAGUUGGCUAUCCUACUUCUACUUCUACGAAUGCUACUACUACUGCCGCAGCUACCACUAUUAACACUGGUAGCAUUGCUGCGGGAUAUCAGGGAACUACUCUUACUCCUACUACUAUUGCUACUUCUUCGUCUACUACUACUACUAGUACAACUCAUCAUCAUCCAAUCGAAACAACCGAAGAAAAUGUAUACACUUCUGAAUUUGUACUUGUUUAA